AAGAGCAGUUCCGGGUACGGUGCGCACCGGGGGCGGUGUCCUGGCCAUGGCCGGCCUGUCAGACCCGGAGCUGCGGCGGGAGCUGCAGGCCCUGGGCUUCCAGCCAGGACCCAUCACCGAUACCACCCGGGACAUCUACCGCAAAAAGCUGCGCUGCCUGAAGGAGGAGGCCCGGACGCGGAACGAGGAGCGGUUGCGGGAGGAGGCCCGCCUGCGCGCCCGGCCUGCCGCGGCCUCCCUUCGGGCAGAGCCCUGGCCCUCCCCGCCAGCCUCCAGCUCUGCCUGCGUUACCGCUGGGGCCUACGGCGAUCACGGCGCCUCCGCGGCUUCUUGGUCUAAGAGCCGCAACCUCGCCUACCCCGCCCGCCCUGUGCCGUUCAGGCGCCACGCCUCAGUACGGGGCAGCUCCGAGGAGGACGAGGACUCCCGGCCCCUCCACCGGGCCGCGCCGGGUCUCGGGACCCGUCGUUGGUGGGCCGCGUCCCAGACACCGGUGCGACUGCCCUCUGCCCUCCUCGGCCCCGAUGCGCGUCCAGGCUUGCGGGCGACGCGAGCGGGCCCAGCGGGCGCCGCGCAGGCCCAGCCCGAGGUGGGGCGGUGGUUGGAGCGCUGCCUGUCCCGGCUCUUGCUCUGGGCCAGCCUGGGGCUGUUGUUCGUCUUCCUGGGCAUCCUCUGGGUGAAGAUGGGCAAGCCUUCGGCGCCGCAGGAGGCGGAGGACCACAUGAAAUUAUUGCCAGUGGACUGUGAGAAAAAAACAGAUGAGUUCUGUCAGGCCAAGCAAAAGGCGGCCUUGCUGGAGCUGCUGCAUGAACUCUACAACUUCCUGGCCAUCCAAGCCGGUAACUUUGAGUGUGGAAAUCCAGAGAACCUAAAAAGUAAAUGCAUCCCCGUCACAGAAGCGCAGGAGUACAUAGCGAAUGUGACUGGCAGCUCCUCCGCCAAGUUCGAAGCUGCCCUGGCCUGGAUAUUGAGCAGUAACAAGGACGUGGGCAUCUGUUUGAAAGGAGAAGACCCAUCUGAAUCAGUGACAACCGUGGACAAGGUGGUCUGCUUGGAAUCGGCCCGCCCCCGCAUGGGUGUGGGCUGCCGCCUGAGCCGCGCCCUGCUCACCGCAGUCACCCACGUGCUCAUCUUCUUCUGGUGCUUGGCCUUUCUGUGGGGACUCCUGAUCUUCCUGAAAUACCGGUGGCGCAAGCUUGAAGAGGAGGAGCAGGCCAUGUAUGAGAUGGUGAAGAAGAUUAUAGAUGUAGUCCAGGACCACUACGUGGACUGGGAGCAGGACAUGGAGCGCUACCCGUACGUGGGCAUUCUGCACGUGCGUGACACGCUCAUCCCUCCGCAGAGCCGGAGGCGCAUGAAGAGGGUCUGGGACCGGGCUGUGGAGUUCCUGGCCUCCAACGAAUCCCGGAUCCAGACGGAGUCCCACCGCGUAGCAGGAGAAGACAUGCUGGUGUGGAGAUGGACUAAGCCCUCUUCCUUCUCUGACUCUGAGCGAUAAACUUCAACUGUAGCCCGUUCCCAGUCAGCCUGUCCCGGCCAGUCCCCUCAGGGGCUCAAGAAGGCCAGCAGACCUGCUGGUGCUGAAUUCACACUUGCCUUGACUUUCACCUCCUCCUGACCUUGUUUCAAAGGUCUCUCUGUAAGACUCUUCAGAGAUUAGCUUAGCAGGACAGUGCGAGCUUUCUUGGAGGCUGGAGGAGAGAGGCCAGGGGCAGGUGGGUAGUUUGUCCUCUGCUUUGGCCCCAUCUUCUCUGUGCUGUUCUGCUGGUGGAGAAGUGGAGAAGGGUUUGUUUUUCACAAAAAGAUAAAAGCAGCAGCUGUGAGAUCCUGUGGAGCGAGUGUGAGGUUGGGUGUGGACACUGGGCAGGGAGGCGGGAUGGGGCGGUGAGCUGGAGCAGCAGGGGUCAGGGAGCAGCUUAUCCAUGUGCCUUUGGGGGUUGUUACCUGGGAGCUCCAGGGUGAAGGGAGAAAGCCAUCCUCCAGCUGGAUGGGGCCUCUUAUCCUGAAGGGGGAAGGUGCUAGAAGUUAGAACAAGUGCUACAGGAGAAUUAUCUAGAAACGGAUGACCCUGGCACGCAGGCCCUCAGGUCAGGAGGUGUGAGCUGCUGGGUGGCUUCCUGGGAGGAACCUGGGGUAGUCACGGGGCCUGACAGCAGAGGGAGUGUUGGGGCUGCACCAGCCACCAUCUCCGUGGCCACCCAAGGAAGCCUCCCAGGGUGGGCCCCGUCAGUGGUGCUUCUCACUGAAGACAAGGUUUUAGACCAAACCUUCCGCCAGGGCACUGCAUCAUGCCCACAGUGCCGAUUCUGGGACUUCAGGAGCCUUGCACUUCCAGUGUGGGAAGAGCACCUUUGUUUACAGCAACCACAGCCAGCCAGGGGCUGGUUAACCAGAACCUUCAGCACACACUGAUUUCUGUGCUUGCAGGAAGUGCAGUGGCCGCACUGCUGGCCACAAGAGAGCCGGGCUGCGCCACCUCAGACCCUCCCAGCCACCAGCUCAGCAGCCUCUGGUCAGGGGUGGUCCCCGGAAACUGGCUGGUGCAGGGCCUUAUUAAGUGCAGGAGCCUCUCCAACUGAAUCUCGUGCCCAGAUGUUCACAUCCGCAGCAGGCCAGCGAGGGGGCAAGCAGGGAGUUGCAACAGCUGCUUCUGAAAGGCAUUAACCACCCCUCUCUGGCCUUACUGGCAUUUUUUUCUUUUCUUAAUAAAGCCCAGUCUUCCUCGUU